AUGGAAGAGCCACCAAUGAUUAGUGAGUCGCAAGAAGUACUGAAUGACAUACCAGAAACCUUCAUUGGUGAUUUAUUGGAGAACUCUGAUGACAUCAGUGAUUGUUAUGAGACAAAUCUGGUGAGCCUAUUGGAACAGCUGCGGUCCCAGGUGUCUCUGGAAACCCCUCCGAGUAGCAACCUCCUAAAUAUAUGCAGAACCGAUGUCCUUGAUGGUGCUUUAAGGGCCUUCCAAAGAACGCGCUUCAGUCCUUAUGGGAGGUUAAGUGUGGUUUUUAUGGAUGAAAUGUCCCAGGCUGAGGGUGCUGUGGAUGAGGGAGGCCCUACCAGGGAGUUUUUCAGAUUGCUGAUGAUGAAAAUCAGAGACAGCAUGCUGUUCUCAGGCCCAGAGGAGGAGAAAUACCUCAACUUGGAUAGCGAUGCACUUCAAAGAGGUCUGUAUCGGACUUUUGGAGUAAUGAUCGCUGUCGCGAUCGUACAUGGAGGGGUGAUGCCGGGCUUUUUCUCACAAAAGUUGUAUGACAACCUUUGUGAGAGAGAAACACCUGCACCUACCUUAGGUGACAUAUCAGAUCUGGAGCUCCAGAAAAAACUGAGAAAGGUAUGUCAGUUCUUUACAGUUUACAUAUCCAUUCCAAAUCUCAGUAUUGCUGAAGCACAACAUGUCGAAGAGGCAAGAGAAGCCAUAAAUGAAGCAGCAGAAAGCCUGUCUCUACUGGGGUCCUACCGCUACAUUACAACGCUGGAUGGGAGAGACCAGUUGGUUCAGGCUGCUACCACUUUUUAUGUUGAAGGACGGACAAUGGAAGCACUUGAACAGUAA